CCACCCCUCCCCCCCCCAUCCCUGCCCGGCCUCUGCGGCGAUGGCGGCGCGGCGCGCGCGGCCGGUGCGGGUGCUGGUGGACAUGGAUGGCGUGCUGGCCGACUUCGAGGCCGGCCUCCUGCGGGGCUUCUGCCGCCGGUUCCCCGGGGAGCCGCACGUGGCGCUGGAAAAGCGCCGCGGCUUCCUCGCCCGCGAGCAGUACCGAGCCCUGCGGCCAGACCUGGCGGACAAAGUGGCCAGUGUUUAUGAAGCCCCAGGCUUUUUCCUAGACUUGGAGCCUAUCCCUGGAGCCUUGGAAGCCCUGCAGGAGAUGAACAACAUGCAGGACACCGAAGUCUUCAUCUGCACCAGCCCUCUGACGAAGUAUGAACACUGUGUGGCCGAGAAGUACCGCUGGGUGGAGAAUCACCUGGGGCCGCAGUUUGUGGAGCGCAUUAUCCUGACGAGGGACAAGACGGUGGUCUUGGGGGACCUGCUCAUUGACGACAAGGACACCAUUCGAGGCCAAGAGGAGACCCCAAGCUGGGAGCACAUUUUGUUCACCUGCUGCCACAACCAGCACCUCGCCCUGCCCCCCACAAGGAGACGGCUGCUCUCCUGGAGUGACAACUGGAGGGAGAUCAUAGACAGCAAGCGGGGGGGCCGGGACAGUGGGUAGUAGCUGAAGGAAGGGAAGGCAGGCCAUCAGGGAACACCAGCAGAGCUGGAUGACAGGGCAGUGCCAUGGCGGUGGCCACCAGCACCGUGGAGCAGGGAGACACAGUAACCUCGGUUCUCACACGGCAGCCACCUGGAACCCCACAAGACGGCUGGCAAGGAAUCAUGGUGGGAAAACUGCUCAGGAACCUUUUUAAUAAAACACUCUGGCUCACCA